CCCCCCCCCCCCCCCCAACCUCCCGACCCACCGCCGCCGUACCGCCCGUGCCGUCGCCGGAGCCGCAGGUUCGGCUAACUCCAGUGGCUCGCGCUCCCCUCCUACUCUCUUCCUCGGAUCCGGCCGGGCUGCCGUCCCCUUCUGGGGGCUGCCUGCCUGCCUUCCUGGUGGUGUGAGCGCGCGUUGCGCGGGGGUCGCCACUCGAUGGCGGGCCUCGAGGAGCUGAAGAAGAAGCUGCAGCCCCUGCUGUUCGACGACCCGGACAAGGGCAGCGUCAGUAGCAGGGUGCCCCUCCCGGAGGACACCUGCGACUCCUAUGUGGUUUCUGAUGGUGGAACUGUGAAUUUGUUGAGUAGAUCAUUAGGUGAGUACAACAUCAAUGAGCAUGGCUUUCAUAAACGAAGCACUGGGCCAGAGGAGUCAGAUUCUGGUGAGAAGGCAUACCGAUGUGCCUCUCACGAUAUGCACAUAUUUGGUCCUAUUGGUAAUGGUGCAAGCAGUGUUGUGCAGAGAGCUGUUUUUAUACCAGUUCAUCGAAUUUUGGCCUUAAAGAAGAUAAAUAUAUUUGAAAAGGAGAAGAGGCAACAGAUUCUGAAUGAGAUGAGAACAUUAUGUGAAGCAUGCUGUUAUAUUGGUUUAGUUGAAUUCCAGGGUGCAUUCUACAUGCCUGAUUCUGGACAAAUAAGCAUCGCCCUUGAAUACAUGGAUGGUGGGUCCUUAGCUGAUGUUAUAAAGAUUAAGAAAUCAAUACCAGAACCAGUUAUUGCACAUAUGCUGCAGAAAGUAUUGCUUGGCUUGCGCUACUUGCAUGAAGUAAGACAUCUAGUGCAUAGAGAUAUAAAGCCAGCGAAUUUACUGGUAAAUCUCAAGGGCGAGGCAAAGAUAACAGAUUUUGGUGUCAGUGCUGGUUUGGACAAUACAAUGGCCAUGUGUGCUACCUUUGUAGGCACAGUCACUUAUAUGUCACCUGAGAGAAUUCGUAACGAGAACUAUUCUUAUGCUGCUGAUAUUUGGAGCCUUGGACUAGCAGUGUUGGAGUGUGCUACUGGUAAAUUUCCAUAUAAUGUAAACGAAGGCCCAGCCAAUCUCAUGCUGCAGAUUCUGGAUGAUCCAUCACCAUCACCACCAAAAGAUGCUUAUUCAUCAGAGUUUUGUUCGUUCAUCAAUGAUUGCUUGCAGAAAGAUGCUGAUGCAAGGCCUUCAUGUGAGCAGCUUUUGUCACACCCAUUCAUUAAGAAGUAUGAGAACACUUCUGUGGAUUUGGUAGCUUAUGUCAAAAGUGUUGUUGAUCCAACAGAAAGAUUAAAGCAAAUAGCAGAGAUGCUUGCUGUACAUUACUAUCUCCUGUUUAAUGGCACUGAUGGGACUUGGCAUUGUAUGAAGACAUUCUACAUGGAAGAAUCAGCUUUCAGUUUCUCAGGGAAUGUAUAUGUUGGCCAAAGUGACAUAUUUGAUACUUUAUCAAAUAUAAGAAAGAAGUUAAAAGGUGAUCGGCCUCGAGAGAAAAUUGUUCAUGUUGUUGAGAAGCUACAUUGUCGUGCACAUGGAGAAACAGGAAUCGCUAUACGUGCGUCUGGAUCGUUCAUUGUUGGAAACCAAUUUCUAAUAUGUGGUGAAGGGUUGCAAGCUGAAGGGAUGCCCAGUUUGGAGGAACUCUCCAUUGAUAUUCCAAGCAAGAGGGUAGGUCAGUUCCGGGAGCAAUUUAUCAUGGAACCAGGAAGUUCCAUGGGAUGUUACUACAUACUAAGGCAAGAUCUAUACAUCAUCCAAGCCUGAACAAACGUAUAAUCUGUAAGGGAUUGCUUGGCUUGCUGUAACUCCUAUUUAUACUGUCAUGGUGCCACGGUGGGAUUCAGAUGGUUCAGGAUUGUUGAAUCUAGUUGCUGAUGAAGGCUAUAGGAUGGCAUCCACGUCUCAAGACACUUAACUUUCUCUGACUAAGUAAUAUCGUAAUGUCUUCUGGCUUCAUCAUUUUAUGACUUCUUGCUACGAGCAAAUUUGUAAUGCCAAUCAUUUCUUAUUGUUGUCUGUAAGGAAAUUAAGACAUCAAAUAUAUGUGUUUUUCCCUUUGCAUAGGUCUGUUCAGUGGGGGAAACUAUCUUGACUUGUUUCUAUUGAUCCAUUAUCCGGAAGUUGGGGUAACCUCUGUUGUAGAUUAGAAUGUUCUUAUAUGUUUGUUGUGCUAACUGUAAAAUAAUUCAAUUGUAGGCUGAUAUGCCGGGAUCUCAACCCAGAUGACAAUGACCAUAUGAAGGCCAUGUUGAGAAAAUAAGGAAUUGCUGUAGUUUAUGAUUUUUCACCUAACAUUUUUACUAAUGAAUAUACCAGGAAUGAAAUGAUCUAUGUGACGCAUUUGUAAAAGAAUAAAACGUCAGGAAAAAACAUUAGCAUUGUGAGGUGGGCUUAGAUCAACUGGUUAGAUAUCUUAUAAUGGAACUAAUCAACCCAGGUUCAAAUCUUUGAUUUGAUACGGGUGC